CACACACACACACACACACACACACAAUCUCACAUGUCGCAUCCAGAGUACUCAGACUCGGACUCGGAAGGCGACGACACGUUCCUCGACGGCGACGACGAGGUCGGCCCGGGGCAGCUGGCGGCGGCGGGGCAGUCGGCUGACGGCCAAGGCCUGGCUGCCGAGGCAAAGCCUAGGCGCAAACGCUCGAUGCUGGACUACCCGGACAAAAUCGUUGCUCUUCUAGAGGGUGAGCCGCCGGUGCCAAGUGGCGCGCCUCCGGUCGCCAAAGCGGCCGUAGAUGGCGAUGGUGCGGGGCUCAUGGCAGCGGCGGCAGCAGCGGCGGUGGCGGCCGGCCCCGGCCCAGAACCGGGUACGUCAGCGGUGGCGGGGCGAGUGCCGGUCGCGCCCGGGGUCCAGAUCCGUCGUGGAGAGCGGAGAAUCUCCAAGGGUUCGUUCGUGGUGCCAGACGACGAGGAUGAUGAUGAUGCGGUGGCUGCCGCGGCUACCGCGGCUGUCGCUACGGCGGCUGGGCCUUCCAAGGCUGACGCAUAA